GGCGGGUUCACUAGUUUUCGUUUGUAAACUGAAAUCUUUGGUAUCUUUUUGUCGUGUUUUCUAUAAACUAUCUACAAAGCCGGCAUGGAAAUCAUAAAUCCCGGUCCUUCGGCCCACCAAACUAGUGUUGCACAGAAGAUUCGCUCGAGAGAUGCAGCUCGGCGCUUUAAAUUUGGAUCACCGAAACUUGUCGAUCUUAUGCGAGAGAAAUGCCGAAUUCGAAUCAAAGAAGCACGCAAGGACGAGUUCUUACGGAAACGAAACAUUGCACAGGAAGAGCGUGCUUUCCUGGAAUCGAUAGUACGGGAGGAGCUAUCUGAACUGGAACAUGACAUAGCGCUACAGGAUCUGAUCUACAAGGAGCUCAUGCAGGACACGGAGCAGUGGUUGUUCUAUGAACAGUCGGAAAACUAUCUUAUCAGUUCGUACGACACCGAGUCAGUAUUCUGUCCCAUAUGCGAGCACAACGUCCUGGAACUCGACUUUACUGCCAAAACGCUCAAGUGUUCCUGCGGAAUAAGACUUCGCUACGACCAAACAAUCGAAACAUUCAGUGAGCUGAUUUCGAAAACCAUCACUUCGCAUGCUUCGCGCUGCUCGAGCAAUCUACAGUUUUUCACGGAACCCCUCGCAGAUGUUGAACACGUCCAACUGAAUGCAUUCUGUCUGUGCUGUGAUUUCUACCAAGAAUUGACUGAUUAGAGCAGCCAGCAAUUUCCAGAAGCAUUUUUGUUAUAUUGUCCUUUCUGUAAUGCUCAUGUUUCUUUUUAUCUAUGUUGCCCAGUGGUUUGUUGCGUUGGGAAUCGUGUUGUACAUUUACGAAGCUUCUCGCGGAGGCUAAUUAAAUUGUAAGCUUUUAAAAAAAUUCAAUACAAUCAUACUAUUAUCAUAAA